UGACAGGAUGUUACUGAAUGUACUUGGGAUUAUUUGUAAGCUCGAUGAAGAUGUCGAGGGGAGUAGAAGACUGCCCGUUCUUCUUCUCGGAAGCUUGCUCGUCUCAACUUUCUUCAUCACAUACCUUAGCUCUCCCACAAACUCUGCCUAGGCUAUUUAUACUUUACAUCUCAAGAGAAAGCAAAAGCUGCACCAUACAAAGACAUUUCAACACCGCAAAACCCUCUAUCCGUCGUACAAACCUACAUUGAACAAGACACAGCACACACAUCUCAACAAUGGCAUCCCAACCAACACCCAGCGACCUCCGCCGCCCCCACCGCUUCAUCACAGACCACGACCCCUCAGGCAAAGCAAUCUUCAACACCGCCGUCGACACCGAAAUCCCACAACAAACCGUCGGCGGCGGCGCCAAAUUCUACCUAGGCUACACCACAGAACAAACCCCCGUCUCCCUGACGGCCAACGCAGACGUGACAGCCUACGCCCAGCGCCUGGCCAACCCGCCGGGAAUCGUGAUCCCCGGCGGCAGCGUCGUGCGCAUCGUCGACAUGGCGCCCGGUUCGCUGAGUCCCAUGCACCGGACCGUCAGCCUCGAUUACGGGGUGGUGCUCGAGGGCGAGAUCGAUUUGGUGCUGGAUUCGGGCGAGACGAGGAGGAUGCGGAGGGGGGACGUGAGUGUGCAGAGGGGUACGAUGCACGCUUGGAAGAAUGUGAGCGAGACGGAGUGGGGGAGGAUGUUGCACCCAUUGGAGCUCAACACACCUCUCCGCGAGCUCCAAAUCCCUCGAUCAAAUCCUCCGAACCACCACCCUCUCUAUAGGCGACUUUGCAACAACUCUGACAUUCCCGGGCCGAAAGCCCUCCCGCUGCCCAAGAUGAUGCACCCUUCGCGACAAGCCUACGUCGAGGAGGCGAUGGAUGAGGACAGAGGCAUUGCGCUGGAGGACAUCCCCGUCGACCACGACUACGAGAUCCCCUCAGCCUUCGCCGGUGCCGCGCCCGAAAAGACGUCCGCCGUCCUGGCGCAGAUGGAGAGGAAGAAGCUGGCGGCGAGCAUCGCGGUGCCUACGGACGACAACCGGGUGCGCACGAAGCUCAGGGAGAUGGGCGAGCCGGUCACGCUCUUUGGCGAGGGCAAGCCCGAACGCAGAGACCGCCUGCGGAACCUGUUGGUCAUUCAGCAGGAAAUGGCGGGCAUCGAGAACGGCGACAUUACCAUGGAGGACGCCGAGGACGAGGACAAGGACGAGGACGAGCAGGACGAGGAGUUUUACACACCCGGCGGCCAGGCCCUGUUGCAGGCGCGCAUUGAUAUCGCAAAGUAUUCCCUGCCGAGGGCGCGGAGGCGAGUGCAGUUUCAAAAGGCCGAGUCUACGAUCCCCUUGCGCACGCACGUCAAAUUCCGGAAACAGAUCAAGGAGAAGCUGGAGGGUUUCGAGCUUCAGGGCAGUCAGACGGCCGGUGACAGACACGUCAGCAUGACGAGGUUAUCACCAAACGGAGAGGUCGUUGCCGCGGGGAACUGGGGUGGAGGGCUCAAGCUCAUCGAGAUCCCGAGCAUGGAGGCCAAGAUGAACCUCCGAGGACACACACAGAAGAUUAGCGGUAUCUCAUGGUACCCAGGGUCCACGCUACCCGAGGGCAACGUAUCACCCGACACGGUGAACCUUGCGUCCGGCGGAGCUGAGGGCUUGGUCCACCUGUGGUCUUUGAACAAAGAUACCCCCCUUUCGACCCUGACGGGCCACGGCGGCAGGGUAUCCCGCGUCGAGUUCCACCCUUCCGGCCGGUAUCUCGCAUCGGCCUCAGACGACACGACAUGGAGGCUCUGGGACGUGGAAACGACGGCAGAGCUGCUGCUGCAAGAGGGCCACUCCAGGGGCGUGUACACGGUCAGCUUCAACGCCGACGGGUCCCUCCUGGCCAGCGCGGGCCUGGACAGCAUCGGCCGCAUCUGGGAUCUGCGGUCCGGCAGGACGGUCAUGAUCCUCGACGAGCACAUCCAGCCCAUCUACGCGCUCGACUGGGGCUCCGACGGCCACAGGGUGCUCUCGGGAUCGGCCGACGGCUGGGUGAAGUGCUGGGACGUGCGCAAGGUGCAGCGGACGGCGAACCUCGGCGCGCACGCCAAGGCCGUCUCGGACGUGCGGUGGUUCCGGGGCCUGGACGACCCCAUUGACGGCCACCCGCCCGGCGCCGACGAAAAGGGCGCGCAGCAGCCCAAGAAGGCGGGGACGUUUUUCGUUUCUGGCGGGUUCGACGCAAAGAUUAAAAUCUUCUCGGCCGAUAACUGGGGCUUGGUGCAGACGCUCAGCGGGCACUCUGGGCCGGUUGCCAGUGUUGAUGUGAGCAGGGACGGCAAGUGGAUCGUUAGUGGUGGUCAUGACCGGACGGUCAAGCUCUGGGGCCGGAAUGAUGGCGAGGGAGUGUAAGGGAGAUGUUUUGGUUUUAGAAGACGGAGGGAGAUACCGACUCCUGUAGAACAAUAAGAUACCCCCUUCAAAGUUCAGUCACUCGCGACGACCCUUCGCUGCCUGCCAAGUGGGUGGUGAC